AUGUACUGUAAAUGUAUCUAACUUGUAACCAAACGUUACUUCAUGGUUUGGAUAACAGUAUAGGUCUCUAACUUAUUCCUAACCUCAAAUAUGCGCACUAAAGAUCAGGCCUGCGUUUAACCAUUUUAAAUUUAAUAGGUGAACUAUUUAUUACUGAUAUAAAAUAAACUAAGAUAAUUUAUAUACAAACAUGUUGAGAGCAAAACAAAUAAGUGGUGUUUGUUCUCUAACAUUGGGCAAUCUUAUAAAGAGCGAAUAUUUUGUGCCAAAUGUAAUUUACAUGCAAUGCAUAAGAUGGAAAAGGAAACCGAUUUGGUUACCAACUGCGAAGAGCAAGAUGUUCAGAGUACCUAAAAGACCGCAAAUACCUAUAGAUGAAUAUUUAGAACUUAAAAGACUACAUAAUAAUUACAGAACAGCUAUGAAAUCGCUUAUGCAACAUUUUGAAAAAGAAUUUCUUAAGAAUCAAAUACAAUUUGAUGAAGCAAUUGUGAAUAAACAAGCGGAAGAAGAUUUCAUACAGUGUAAUUUAAUAAACGAUGAAUGGAACAAGAAAGUAGCCAAAAUAAGAGAAGCUAGAUUGGCGAAAUUAAAAGAAGAAAACAAAGAACUUAUAUUUAAAAAGUUAAUAGAAAAAGAGGAAAGAGAUUUAUUAAAGAUGCAAAAAAUAGAGGAGCAUGUUAAAAAACUUAAAGAAGAAGCAACAACUUUCAUAACUGCUGAAAAUGUAGAUAAAGCGAUCGAGGAAGCGUUAGCGAACAUUGUUAGUCAUGAGUUUGCUAUAGAUUUAAAGGGGAACAUAUAUAAAGGAAAAUACACCAGUGGUAAAGAAACAAAUGUAGAAAAUAAUAAAGUUGUGAGCUUAUAAAUAAAUAAAAAUGAGUUUUUUUAGAAGUAAUUUGCUUGCUUUUUAUCUUCGUGUAUUAAUAUUUAAAAUAAAUAUAUUUUGCU